AUGUCAUCCGUCAUCAAAACCGUCGCAGUCCUUGGAGCCAGUGGAAAUGUUGGCAAAGUUGCCGUCCCAGCUCUCCUUUCCGCCGGCUUCGUCGUAACCAUCAUCGCACGACCGGAAAGCGCCUCAACCUACCCCUCAGGCGUCUCCAUCAUAAAGUCGUCCUACGAUGACCUAGACACGCUCACACAAGCCCUCCAAGGACAAGACGCCCUUGUCGAGGCCUUCAAUCCCGCCGCCGCCGAGCACCAAGGCGUCAUCGUCCGCGCCGCUCUCGCCGCCGGCGUGAAGCGUCUCAUCACGCCCGACUUCAGCACCGACUCCUUCUCGCCCCACGCCGCAGAAGUCAGGAUCUUUGCGCCCAAGCACAAGGCCCAAAGAGAACUCGAAAGCCUUACCUCUUCACCUGACUGCACUCUUACCUGGACCGCUGUCGUGCUCGGCGCCUGGUUCGACUGGGGCAUCGAGACGGGCUACUUCUGGAUCGACAAGGACAAGCGAACCAUCACGCGCUUCGGCUCGGGCAACCAAAAGGUGUCGGUGAGCCGCGUGGCUUCAGUCGGCGAGACGAUUGUGGCCGUUCUCCGGAACCCGGACAAGUAUCGCAAUCACGUCGCUUACUUUCCAGACUACACCGUUAGCACGAACGAGCUCAUCGCUAUGCUUGACGAGAUCUCUUCUGGUGGAGGAUGGCAGAUUGUCGAUGUCUCGCUUGAGGGCUUCAAGAAGGAGGCGACUGCGCUGUGGGAGGAAGAUACGAGGAAUGGUGUGACGAACCGGCUGUUUACCAAGGCGUAUUCGAUGUUGGGGACUGCGGCAUUGUUUGAUGAAGACAAUCGCUAUGAUGGGGAUUUCUCUCACAAGCAGGAGCCUGGAUCAGGUCGGCCGCUUGAGAGUCUGAAGGAAGACCUCAGGGAGCUGCUGGGCUACAAUUAA